AUGGCAGGGCGGAUCCGGAGGCUUUUCCCGGUGGCUCGGGUCCUGUGUCUCUGGAGCUUCUCUGCUGCAGGAGCGUUGUCCUGCAGACAGCCUGUCCCUAUCACUGAACCACGUGGGAAGUGUAUGGAGAGAGCAAAAGCUAUGAUGUCCGCGGGUCGUUUAAGUUUGUCUAAUCAAACCUCAGUCACUGAAUUUCUCCUCCUGGGAGUGACAGACUCAUGGGAAUUGAACCCUCUUCUCUUUUUCGUGUUCCUCACCAUCUACCUUGUCAGUGUGGUUGGGAAUGGAGCCAUCCUGAUGGUCGUCAUCUCAGGUCCGAGACUCCACUCACCUAUGUAUUUCUUCCUGGGAAACCUGGCGUGUCUAGACAUCUGCUUCUCCACCAUGACUGUGCCAAAGAUGUUGGAGAACUUGCUCUCCACAAGCAAAGCAAUUUCCUUUUUGGGAUGCAUAACUCUGCUUCAUUUCUUCCACUUCCUGGGUAGCACAGAGGCCCUGCUGCUGGCGGUGAUGGUGUUUGACUGCUUUGUGGCUAUCUGCAAACCACUCCACUACCCUGUCAUCAUGAGUCAUCAGGUCUGUAUCCUGAUGGCCAUUGCCAUCUGGACCAUUGGCUUCUUCCAUGCCCUUCUUCACUCUGUAAUGACGUCGCGUUUGAACUUCUGUGGGCCUGGCCAUAUCCAUCACUUCUUCUGUGAUGCGAAGCCAUUGCUGGAGUUGACCUGUGGGAACACUGAGGUCAACUUAUGGCAGCUCAAUUCAGUCACAGGGACCAUCACAAUCAGUACUUUCCUUCAGAUUUUUCUAUCCUAUUUCUAUGUCAUCACCUAUCUCUUCCUCAAGACCCAUUCUUGCAGCAUGCUCCACAAAGCACUGUCCACCUGUGCCUCUCACUUUAUGGUUGUUAUUCUUUUAUACACUCCUGUUCUCUUCAUCUACAUCUGUCCUCCUUCAGCAAGCUCCCUGGACCAGGAUAGGAUCAUUGCCAUCAUGUACAGUGCGGUCACUCCUGUUCUCAACCCACUUAUCUACACCUUGAGAAACAAGGACGUGAGGGGUGCCUUAAGUAGGAAGUUCAGAAGAUGGGUCUGA